UCCAGAAGCCACUGCACCAUGAGUGUGUCUGUGCUGAGCCCCACCAUGGCCCUGGGCAGCAUCUCUGAGUUCCUGCAGGUGACCUUCCUGCUGGGUCUGGUUCUGCUGCUGCUCAAGGCAGCCCAGCUCUACCUGCACAGACAGUGGCUACUCAAAGCCCUCCAGCAGUUCCCCUGCCCUCCCUCCCACUGGCUGUUCGGGCACCAGCAGGAGUUCCAGAAUGACCAGGAGUUACCACAGAUUCUAAAAAGGGUAGAGAAAUUUCCACAUGCCUGUCCUCGCUGGUUGUGGGGGAGCAAGGUCACACUCCUGGUUUAUGACCCUGACUACAUGAAGGUGAUCCUAGGAAGAUCAGAUCCGAAGGAUCAGGCUGCGUACAGAUUCCUGGCUCCAUGGAUUGGGUAUGGUUUGCUCCUGUUGAAUGGACAGGCCUGGUUCCAGCACCGGCGAAUGCUGACCCCAGCCUUCCACUAUGACAUCCUGAAGCCCUACCUGGGGAUCAUGGCUGACUCUGUCCGAGUGAUGCUGGACAAAUGGGAGGAGCUCAUCAGCCAGGACUCCCAUCUGGAGAUCUUUGAACAUGUCUCCUUGAUGACCCUGGACACCAUCAUGAAGUGCGCCUUCAGCCAGCAAGGCAGCGUCCAGACAGACAGGAACUCCCAUUCCUACCUCCAGGCCAUUGGGGAUGUGAAAAACCUCUUUUUUUCUCGAGUGAGAAGUUUCUUCUACCAGAAUGACAUCAUCUAUGGGCUGACUCCCGAGGGCCGCUGGAACCACAGGGCCUGCCAGCUCGCCCAUCAGCACACAGAGCGAGUGAUCAAGUUGAGGAAGGCACAUCUGCAAGAGGAGGGAGAAAUGGAGGAGGUCAGAAGAAAGAGGCACUUGGACUUCCUGGACAUUCUCCUCUUUGCCAGAAUGGAGAAUGGGAGCUGCUUGCCUGACAAGGACAUCCGUGCCGAGGUGGACACAUUCAUGUUUGAGGGCCAUGACACCACAGCCAGUGGCAUCUCCUGGAUCCUCUACUCUCUGGCUGCACACCCCGAGCAUCAGCACAGGUGCCGCAAGGAGAUCCAGAGCCUCCUGGGAGGUGGCACCUCCAUCACCUGGGAUCAGCUGGAUCAGAUGCCCUAUACCACCAUGUGCAUCAAGGAGGCACUGCGACUCUAUCCACCUGUACCAUUUAUUGGAAGAGAGCUCAGCAAGCCAAUCACCUUCCCUGAUGGACGCUCCUUACCCAGAGGAAUCAAAGUCUCCCUUUCUUUGUAUGGUCUUCACCACAAUCCGAAGGUGUGGCCCAAUCCAGAGGUGUUUGACCCUUCCCGUUUUGCACCAGGUUCUGAUCUACACAGCCAUGCUUUCCUGCCCUUCUCAGGAGGAUCCAGGAACUGCAUUGGGAAGAAUUUUGCCAUGAAGGAGCUGAAGGUGGCCGUGGCAUUGACCCUGCUUCGCUUUGAGCUGGCGGUGGAUCCAUUUAGAGUCCCCAUCCCAGUAUCAAAAGCUGUUCUGAGUUCCAAGAAUGGAAUCCACCUGCAGCUCAGAAAGCUCCUCUAAUCCAUUUUGGGACAAGAGCAAGCUCUGAGGAUCUCCUUCCUGCCAUCCUGUCUCCCUGUUACAUGAUGCCAUCCUCUGGGUUUCUAACCAAGUCCUGCUUCUCACAUGCCAUUCUCCCUAACUUCCCCCUCUGGUCCUUUGUCUGCCUCUCCAAUCUGCCGUUUUCACUUUCUUCCUGCUUGUCUUCCCUGUAUAGUUUCCUUUACAUGCUAUAAUAAAUUACUGUAGCCUCAGUGACAGAACACACCACAAAUCUUCUC